AUCUUGAAUAAUCUAGCCGUUACAUCUCUCUCUAAACCUCUUUCUCUAUACCUCCAUUAAUGGCUGCUUCUGUUGAAACUCCAUCACCUAAUCAUACUAACAAGAAAGGAGCUAGCUUGAUCAUGGUUUCUGCAACAUCGAUAGAAUCUUCUCCAUCGCUUAGUCCAUCUUCAGACAAGCGUCUCUGGAGCAACCUGCGUAACAGGAUAGAUGUUCUUCUUGAAGAAAAGAGCAAAGAUCACAAACCCAUUGCCAAUUCUCCAUUGAUAGCUCAAACGAUUGUUGGAGAAACAGAGAGAGCAAAGAGAUUGAGAAAUGAUUCGAUGCUUUUGCUUAAAGGAUUUGAUUCUGUUUCUCAUACUCUGUCUCAGCUUUCUAGUAAUCUCGACAAUGCUCUUCAGGGAGUUAGAGAAUUAGCUAAACCACCUACAUUAUCUGAGAUACUCCACUCGAAUCUCAAAGCUGAUCAGAUGCAACGGCAACAAAAAGAAGAAGAAGAAGAAGAAGAUGAAGACGAGAAUAAAGGAAAGAAGAGGAAACACGAGUCUGAUGUUGAGCAAAAAGAAGAUUCGUCGAAUGAAGAAGAUGAGAAGAGACCAAAAGAGAGGAAAAUCAUGAAGAGGGCUAAAAACAUUGCGAUAUCCAUGGCGGCGAAAGCGAAUUCGCUUGCAAGAGAGCUUAAAUCAAUAAAAUCCGACCUGAGUUUCAUCCAGGAGCGUUGUGGAUUGCUUGAAGAAGAGAACAAAAGACUCAGAGAUGGGUUUGUGAAAGGUGUUAGACCUGAAGAAGAUGAUCUGGUGAGGCUACAAUUAGAGGUAUUGCUUACGGAGAAAGCUAGAUUAGCGAACGAAAACGCGAAUUUGGUUAGAGAAAAUCAGUGUCUUCACCAGUUGGUGGAGUACCAUCAGAUCACAUCUCAAGAUCUCUCCCCUUCUUAUGAACAAGUCGUUCAAGGUUUAUGCUUAGAUUUCUCAUCCCCUUUUCCUGAAGUCAAUAAUGAAGAAGAAGAGGAAGAAGAAGAGGAAACAACAACGCCUGAUGUAUCUAAAUCCCUCAACGAAAGCUUUGAAAAAGCAGAAGAAGAACAACAACAUUGAAAAAUACAUUUUUAGACUCUGCGUUUCUAAAAACCCUUAUUUUUCCAUGUUAGCUUUAGAGCAAUUUCUCUGUUAACAUUCCACUGUUUGUUGUAAUAAUUUGGUCACGUAUUAGGUUUACUAAACAAAUUGCAAAAUGCAUAUGUACACUAUUUGAUUUCGUUGACCCUUGCAAAUUGGGUUUACUGCUGUUUGUUUGUUUGUACA